CCGCUGCUCACCCCGUCCUAGACGCGAGGCGACGACGCCUCCCUAUCCCUCUCCUCCGCAAUGGCCAGGCCCCGCAAGAACGGCGGUACCGACGAGGAUGAUGCUAACGCCGCCACGGGAGCCACCGGGAAGCCGAAGAAGCUGAUGAAGCGGGCGCGGAGGAAGAGCGAGAGCCCCUCCCCGCGCAGCUCCGCGUACCGCGGCGUCACACGGCACCGGUGGACGGGGCGGUUCGAGGCGCACCUGUGGGACAAGGACGCCCGCAACGGCUCCCGGAGCAAGAAAGGCAAGCAAGUUUAUCUCGGCGCGUACGACGACGAGGACGCGGCGGCGCGCGCGCACGACCUGGCGGCGCUCAAGUACUGGGGCCCCGCCGGCACCGUCCUCAACUUCCCGCUGAGCGGCUACGACGAGGAGCGGAGGGAGAUGGAGGGGCAGCCCCGGGAGGAGUACGUCGCGUCGCUGCGGCGGCGGAGCAGCGGCUUCGCGCGAGGGGUGUCCAAGUACAGGGGCGUUGCCAGGCAUCAUCACAACGGGAGAUGGGAGGCGAGGAUCGGGCGCGUGUUAGGCAACAAGUACCUCUAUCUCGGCACUUACGCAACACAAGAGGAGGCGGCAGUGGCGUAUGACAUGGCGGCUAUAGAACACCGCGGCUUCAACGCGGUCACCAACUUCGACAUCAGCCAUUACAUCAACCACUGGCAUCGACAUUGCCAUGGCCCCUGCGACGGCAGCCUCGGCGCGAUGGACGUCGCACCGAACGUCUCGCUCGAACUAGACCUACUCGAGUGCCCGGCCACCGUCGGCCUCGGCCUCGAGGAGACCACGGGCGACGAUGAAUUCCACAACCGCGAGGACUACCUGGGGCACCUUUUCGGCGUGCAGCAGCUUCCCGACGAGAUGGGGCCGCCGGCUCAUCAGAUGGCACCAGCAUCGUCGGCGCUCGAUCUGGUGUUGCAGUCGCCUAGGUUCAAGGAGCUGAUGCAACAGGUUUCCGCGGCGGGAGCCUCCGAGACCAACGGCGGCAGCAUGCGUAGCUCGCCAUCAACGUCCCUGUGUUCGUUCUCGCCUUCGCCUCUGGAGCUGCCAUCGCCGCCGCUACAGCAACCUACUGAAUUCAUCGAUGGCGCGCCGCCGCGGUGCAGCUUCCCGGAUGACGUGCAGUCGUUCUUCGAUUUCAAGAACGAUAACGACAUGAGCUUCGUCUACGCGGAGGUUGACACAUUCCUCUUCGGCGACCUAGGCGCAUACGCUCCGCCAAUGUUCGACUUCGACCUGUACGAGUGAUCAGGAUCCGACUGCCAGCGUUCCAAGACGCCAGUGUUGUUAAAAUGGCUUCAUAAUUUUUGUUUAUGAUGAUGAUGAGAUGACUGCUAUCAAGGUUUACUUGAAAGAGGUAGGAUUAGUUAUUUAUUCUCGCCCUUUUUUCAAAUAGCUAGAAGAGGAAAAUAUGCUUCUCUUUUUUUCUUUUUUCCCUAAAAGGCUCAAAGGUGUAUACAAGUCGUCACGAAGAACUAAUUGACAUUGAUGAC